CACUGGAUACCCCGCGGAAGUUGGUUUGCAGAGUGAGGACGGGAUGUUGUUAAUUUGUGUGAAAUAGUGAGCAACGCGUCGACGUUUCUCCUGUAGUGUUACCGGACGGUUUGACAUUGUGUUGCAGAAACAGAGGAACGGUUGUUGAUGCAAGAUGUUGGAGUGUGGCAUGCUGGAGAGAGACAGCCGGGCCCUUCGGAGACACUCUGCUACUCUCUGCAAACAGCUGGUGGUGGAUGCACUGCUCAUUCAGUCCUUACAGGCUGAGGACAUCCUGACAGAGAGCAUGGCAGAGAGCAUCAUGGCUGAGCAAACAUCUCAUAAACGAAGCUGGCGCUUACUCCUACUAUUACCAAAGCGAGGGCCCAGAGCCUUCAGCAGCUUCUGCUCAGCUCUGCGAGAAACUGAGCAGAAGCACCUGUGUGACCUGCUCACACAAACAGCAGAAAAAGAUGGCAAAGAGACAUAUGUAGAGAGGUUUGUGAACUCUUCUCUCCCACACCCCACCCAAGAAGGAAUUGCUGCCAAGAGAGCAAGGACACAUGAGUCCAUGGAGUGUAGUCUGGAUGCAGACAGUCCCAUCAACACUCCCGUGCUCCCGUGCACUCCUGACUUUUACCUCUCUCACUGCCAGCAGUCUUACAGAAUGAAUUCAUCCCCUCGUGGUUUUGCUUUGGUGAUCAGUAAUGUGACCUUUGAUCCUUGUGCUGCGCCUGACCUUGACCCGAGGAAGGGAGGUGAGGUGGAUGACGAGGUCCUCAGGAAGGUGUUCACAGAGCUGGACUACCUGGUUACAGUCCACAGAGACCUCACUGCUCAGGGCAUGAGGACGUGUAUUGAGACCUUUUGUCGACGGGCAGACCACCAGACAGUGGACAGCUGUGUGGUCUGUUUGCUCUCCCAUGGAGUGGAAGGAGCUAUAUAUGGUACAGACGGACAGCUCCUGCAGCUGGACUGGGUGUUUGAAGCCUUCGACAAUGCACACUGUCCCCUGCUACAGAACAAGCCGAAGAUGUUUUUCAUCCAGGCCUGCAGAGGAGAUGAGAUGGACUGUGGCGUGGAGCAGAUAGAUGGGCCAGCAAGGACCUGCUCGCCAAGCUGUGAACAGCGGGAUGCUGGGAGGGAAGGACAGGGGGAUGCAGACUCCAGACAGAGAGGGGACAUGGGUAGGCCCAGGAUUAAACUGCCCCAGCGGUCUGACAUGAUCUGUGGCUUCGCAUCUCUCAAAGGUCAGAGAAUUUGCACAGCAGCCAUGCGGAACACCAAGAGAGGAUCCUGGUUUAUCCAAGAACUUAACACAUCACUUCGCCUCAAUGCCAGAGACACACACCUUGCAGACAUAUUGGUGCAGGUCAACGGGCGCAUUAAGGAGCGGGAGGGUUACGCUCCUGGCACCGCCCACCAUCGCUGCAAAGAGAUGUCGGAGUUCACCAGCUCAUUGUGCAAAGACCUCUAUCUUUUCCCCAAGUACCAGCCCCAGUAUUGAUAUGCAAAUAUGCACAUACACAGAUGAACACACACAGACCAUUCCUUACAUUGAAGCCUCUCAAGAAAGGACACACAACUGUUUAUUCCACACAAUUACUGCCACACACUCACACAUUCCCCUGUUACAACUUCAUGUCCAAACAGAGGAUUUAUUCAUUCAUAUUUCCUGUGUAAAUACUGCCUCCUCAAACCCGCAGACACACAUACACAAAUACGCAAAUCUUGGAAAUGAAAAAGGAGCAAGCUUAUGUUAAUCUACAUGUACUCGGAAAUGGGCAGCGUUUUAGUAUACAACUCACUCAUGUAUCUGUGUGCCUGUGUCUAUGCCAGUUAGAGGGUUUAGAUGUUAAUCCGUUUUAGUCAAAGACAGAAUCAUAUUUUUUUGUUUUCUUACUGCACAGCUACUUUGAGGUUUCACUCUCUUUUUAAAAUGUAUUUUCUACACAGAUCUAUUUUUGUGGCUUUAUUUUGUAUGGAAUUGUUUUUAUAAGGAUUUUUAAGCCCAUUGUUUUUAUUUGUAUAUAAUGUUUGUUCUGAAUUGUGACCAUUUCUUGUUUUUAGUAUAGUGACAGGCAGGGGGCAGCACAGCAGAGACAAAUGCAUUUCAUCGUCUGUAUGUCAUCAAUAUUCAUAUCUACUGCAGUUCAAAAAGGAUCUUUACUGUCACGAUUGCAGACGGCUUUUAUUUUAGUUAUAGUCACCUACAGGGAUAAUUAAACUGUAAAAUCUUUGCAGCAGGUUCUGCCUGCUCUCAUUAGAGAGGUUCUUUUCUCUCUCACAUAGUUUGCCUUAUGAAAAUGAUGAAAAACACCUACAGGGCAGCUACAAAACUGUUUGUUUGUUUGUGGCUUUCAAACCAUUCAGUCUGCUUUUGUGGUUGCAAAUCCACAAACAAACAAACAUGUUUGUGGAUUUUCAACCAGCAAAGCAGCCUUUAACCUUAAAUUUCAUAAAGGAAGGAAGAAUUUUACUUUAUAUCAGCUGUGUUACUGUAGAUCUGUCCCUGUCAUGGUGGUGGGCUGCCAGGGGAAUGUGGUGCUACUUGUGGGGUCAUACACCUACAGUGUGAACUCUGACCUUUAUGCUAUCUCUCACUCCUAAUAGUGUUUCUCCCUGUGUGGGAGCCACACAUUUAGUUAGUCCAUGUACAGUUUUCGUGGUAUUUUACUGUAUCUGGUACAGUAACGAUAAAACAUGUAUUUCUUAUGUCUUCCAUAAACAAUAUGCAGUUUUCUACAUCAACCUGUACCAUGUGACAAUGAUCUCUUAGAUGAAUUUAUUACCAUUGAGCAUUUACAGUGUAUUGUAUUGCUUUGGCACCCUCACACAGAGAAAAAUCUAUUUCUGAAGGCUUUGUGAGCAUUGAUGACUCCGAGAAAGGCCCUGACCAGGCAAAGUGUGUUUAGUUACAACAGUGUUGUAGUGAAGAAAACAGAAUACAUGGUCGAAACAGUAUUGAUUAACCAUCUGUAAACAAAGAUGCCUUCAAGCUCUGUGUGUGAGGUACUUGUGGUAGAGUUUAACUAGACCUGGAAGGUGUGCUCUCCUCUUUGUUUUAAGUAAUUGGGAAAAUAUAAUUUAAAAAAGAAAAACAUCUGAGUGGUAUGAAAGGGUAACUCUCCUGCAGGGUGGGAAGUUUUGAAGCUUUGAAAUUUGCUGCCAAGCUCUGCUGAGGUGCAGUGUGGGGGGGCCUGGAGAGAUUUUAUUUCUAUCAAUGCCAAUGACUGCCAAAUGUGCUAUACAAUAAACAGGCCAUGGUUUUUAAACAAGAGAAA